AUGUCCUACGACACCUGGCAAAGCCCCCUCGUGGGCCGGUACGCCAGUAGAGAAAUGCUCACUCUGUUCUCACCACGCACGCGGGCUUCAACGUGGCGUCAAUUGUGGAUUUGGCUAGCAGAGGCUGAAAAGGAACUGGGUCUAGAUGUCACGGAAGAAGCAAUCACGCAGAUGAAGGCCGCCAAGGUCAUGACGGACGAUGACUUCCAGGUCGCUGCUGUGGAGGAAAAGCGACGACGACACGACGUGAUGGCCCACGUGCAUGCAUUCGGUGAACGGGCCCCAGCUGCUGCAGGGAAGAUACACUUGGGAGCUACAUCUUGCUACGUGACGGACAAUGCGGACUUGAUCUUCCUCAGAGACGGGCUUUCCAUUCUGCUGCCAAAGGUCGCCAAGUGCAUCAAGAGACUCUCGGACUUCUCGGUCGAGUACAAAGACUUGCCAUGUCUAGGCUUCACCCACGGGCAGCCCGCGCAGCCCAUCACGGUCGGCCGGCGGGCUACGCAGUGGGUGGAAUCUUUGCUCAUGGACCUGAGAAACCUCGAACGCGCUCGAGGAGACCUCGUCUUCAGAGGCGUCAAGGGUACCACGGGAACACAAGCGUCCUUCCUGGAGUUAUUCCACGGUGACCACACCAAGGUCAAGGAGCUCGACAAAUUGGUGACGAAGAAGGCUGGGUUUGACAAACGCUCCAUCGUCUCAGUCCAGACUUACAACCGGAAAAUCGACUUCGACGUGGCCAAUGUUCUUGCCUCAUUCGGCACGACAUGCGAACACAUCGGAACCGACCUUCGCCAUCUGGCAAUGCUGAAGGAGGUGGAAGAGCCGUUUGAGAAGGACCAAAUCGGUUCGUCUGCCAUGGCGUACAAGCGCAAUCCUAUGAGAUCCGAGCGAAUGUGUUCCUUAGCCCGCAAGCUGGUGACGUUGGCCCCGGGUUUCGGAGCCACAUACGCCCACCAAUGGUUUGAGCGAUCUCUGGACGAUUCAGCAAUCCGACGGAUCGAUAUACCAGAAAUGUUUUUGAUAGCAGACGCACUGUGCAUCCUCCUCGACAACGUAUCUUCUGGCCUCGUGGUAUACCCUCAGGUCAUCACUUCCCGCCUUCUCCAAGAGCUUCCAUUCAUGGCCACCGAGACGAUCAUCAUGCGAAUGGUUGAGAAGGGGGCCAGCCGACAAGAGACACACGAGCAAAUCCGGGUGCUUUCGCACCUAGCAGGCGCGGUCGUCAAAGGCGAGGGCAAGGCCAACGACCUGGUUGAGCGCAUCAAGCAAGAGAAGUUUUUCGAGCCGAUAUGGAGCGAAUUGACACCCGGGGACCUCCUGAACCCGUCGAAGUUUGUCGGUCGCGCACCUGAACAGGUGGACGAAUUCGUCGAAGAGGCCGUGGAACCUGCGCUUGGACCGUACAAGGAGCAGAUCCUGGCCAGUGGCGUUGCCGAGAUCAACGUUUAG